AUGUCUACACUAUCUAUCUAUCUAUCUAUCUAUCUAUCUAUCUAUCUAUCUAUCUAUCUGUAUUUUGUUCGUAUCUAUCUAUCUAUCUAUCUAUCUAUCUAUCUAUCUAUCUAUCUAUCUAUCUAUAAUACUUUCUUUCUUUCUUUCUUUCUUUCUUCGUUACAUUCUUUUUAUAUCAGUCUGUGCUAUUAUCUCUCUAUCUAUCUAUCUGAGCUAGGUAGCGCAGUCUGCUUCUUUCUAUUCCUGCUCUUAUUUCGGAUAAUGUGUAUAUCUAUCUAUCUAUCUAUCUAUCUAUCUAUCUAUCUAUCUAUCUAUCUUGUUAGGAACUGGCAACAUGCGGAUGUGAACCCCAGAUUUCAGAGAGAAUGCAAGAUAGUAGACUUCUCAAUAUAUCCCGCGCCCAGGCUCGUAGCACCGCGCUACUCCAUCGUCUCUCGAGACGUACGGAUGUAG